GGUUGGGGCUCCAGGGACAGAGCUUUCCGGUGGGGCUGUGGAGGCAGCAGGCUCAGCGGCCCAGUGAGGAGGAAGCUGCGUGCAGACGCCUCCGAGCAGGCCCUGCGGAAGCCACAGGCCUGGAGGAAGUGAGCAGUGUGGCCCCUCCAGCCCCCCACGGCUAGGAACUUAACUUUUAUUUGGAAGCCAGUGAUCACGAGCUACAGCUUCAUUCCCUGGUGUGAAGGAGGCAGCCAGGGCCAGCAAGGGAGAAAUGGAGUCAGAGUCCUUAUACAACCUGCUGCAGCUCCCUAAGGUGACGGGCCCGCCGACGGAGGAGGAACUCCCACAAGGAGAGAAAAAGAAAUACCUGCCCCCCACUUCCCGGCAGGAUCCCAAAUUUGAAGAACUGCAAAAGGUGCUAAUGGAGUGGAUCAAUGCCAAGCUCCUCCCUGAGCACAUUGUGGUCCGCAGCCUGGAGGAGGACAUAUUUGAUGGGCUCAUCCUGCACCACCUUUUCCAGAUUCUGACCGGGCUCAAGCUGGAAGUGGAGGAGAUGGCUCUCACUGCCCCGAGCCAAAGGCGCAAGCUCGAGGUGGUCCUGGAGGCCAUCAACCACAGUCUGCAGGUGGAGGAGCGGCAGCUCAAGUGGAGCGUGGGAAGUUUGGGCAGCCCCUCAGCUCUGACCUGUGCCCCCCCAGCCAUCUUCAACAAGGACCUGCUGGCCACCUUGCAUCUGCUCGUGGCCCUGGCCAACCACUUCCAGCCCGACCUGCCCCUUCCGACCAACGUCCAGGUGGAGGUGAUCACCAUGGAGAGCACCAAAAAUGGUCUGAAGUCAGAGAAAUCAGUGGAACAACUCACUCAGUGCAGCACAGACAAGGACCAACCUGCGCGUGAGUACUAUUGUACCCUAAGGGGAUCUGUUCCUCUUGGGUGUGUGUUGACACAGAUGUGAUGACGAGGGGUGACUUGCUGGGCAUUCUCACCCCCUUUGCGCCCUCGAGCCUUCUUCUGGUCCAUUUGUCCCUCCUCCUGUCUGUCAGUGCGUCCAUGGAUCCGGCUAUUUCCUCUCCUGGUACUGCUCAUGUGGGGGAGAGAUUUAUAAUCCCCACUGGUGGUGACGGUGGGGUUGUUACACACGUGUGGACUCUGGAGCCAGAUGGCCUGGGUUCGAACACUAGUGCUUCCUCUCGGCAGCUGUGCGAACCUGGGCAAGUGCCUUAGCCUGUCUGUGCCUCAGCUUUCUCAUCUGUAAAAUGGGAUUAAUGACGGCACCUACCUCUUGGGCUGGUGAUGAGGGUUGAAAGAAUUUGCAAAUGUGCUUAGCACAGCGUGGGUACCUCAUCGUGGCUGGUCUGGGACGUGGCCGCUGCUCUCGUGACAGACCUCUUCACCCAUUGACUGGUCCAGCCAUUCCUUCCUUCCUUCCUUCCUUCAUUUUUUAUAAUUGUUUAUUUUAGUUUUCUUUCUUCUGUUUU